AGCCUUUUUCACAAUUAUUCACGCUGGCAGCAAUUGUGGAUUCCGGUAAUCAUCAUAAAAAAUCAUCAUCAUCAUCAUCUUCUUCAUCAUCAUCAACAACUAAAACAACGAUAACAACAACAACAACGGCGGUCAAGUUGACACCAUCACCAUCACCACCAUUACCACCACCAACACCUCCGUUGUCAUCACCUGGCACACCACCGCCACCAUUUUCAUCCGUAGUACCAUCAUCAAACGUUAUUAUUGUUACGUCCGGUGGUUGUGAUAAAGGUGGUAAUAAAAUAAUAACUAAAAAUCUGGUAACAAAAUCAACAUCUACAAAUAAUAAAAAAAUCUAUACGAUCGAUCCGAUCGCAUUAAAACAAGCGGAAGCAGAAAAGGUUGCAGCCGAAAAUCUUGCAUUUGUUGCUAACGGUGGUUGCGGUGGUGGCAGUGAAGAUAGUGCUUUGAAAGCCGAUCUCAAACAGAUCCUACAGAAAUUGAUUCAAGCAAGUGAAACUAUUUCGAUGCGUACAAUGAAAUUUCUAAGUUUGAUUACCGUAUUGAUUGUCCUAGUGACAUUAUUCACAUUGGUCAUUUCACAAAUGAACAAAGAUGAAACGAAACAUGAAUAUGGUAUUGCAUUUCCAUUGGAAGAAAGUGAAACAACGCAACAACGUUUACAGCAACAAUUAGCAUCAUUACCGGAUUUAUUGAAUGGUAAUGUUGUUGGAUUAUCUGCUAAAAAUAAUGAUCAAUCAUUAUCAUCAUCAUCAGCGACAACAACAACUGAAACUGUUGCUACUUAUACAUCAAGUUUGAAUAAUAAUAAUAAUCAAUCAAAACGUUUUAAUGAUGAUGGCCAAUCAUCAUCAUCAUCGACGACAACUACAUCGACAACUGCAAUGAAAAAUUUAAAUGAUGAUAAUAAAAUUAAUGAAUCAAAUGGUAAAGAUAAAGAUGAUAAUGAUAAUGAUAACGAUGAUCAAUUAUCACCAUCAAUAAUUGUUUUAAAUAAUAAUAAUAAUAAUAAUAAAGAGGAUUCAAUAGAUAGUGAUCAAUCGGAUUCUGUUGAUCAAGAUCGUUCCACUAUUGGUAAUAUUAAUCCAAAAUUAAUCUUUAUUGAACGUUUAAUGGAUUUGAAUUUUCAACAACCACCACCACCACCACCACCACCAUCACGUUCACCAUCAUCAUCAUCAUCAUCUGGUGGCCUUUCAUCAUUUUUUGAUAUUCGUGAUUCAUCAACAUUGGAUUCAGAUUCAAAUAAAACGGCUGAUGAUUCUGAUCAUGAUCUAGAUUCACCUUGGAGCAAUACUUUUGAUAAUAUUCGUUUGAAAUGGGAAAAUCGUCUCCGUAAAUUUACUUAUCCAUUACAGAAUACGUAUUCAGUUGUAUUACGUGCUUCGAAUGUUGUUGAUAAUGUUGGCCCAUCAACAACAACUGAUAUUCCAUCAGAGAAUGGUAGUGAUAAUUUAUUGAUCACUAAUGAAAAACCAAGUAAAAUUGAUCAACAAACAUCAACAGAUGAUGAUGGAUCAACACCAGGUGUUAAAUUUUUCUAUCAUCAAUCAUCAAUUGGUGGCAGUCCAUUGAAUGGUUUCACAUCAUCAUCAUCAUCAAUGAAUAAUGGAAAUGAUCCAAGUUCAUCACAGGCAAAUCAAUUGAUACGUAUGGCUGCAUUGACAAUGAUGUCGAAAUUAUUCUCGGCACUUCGAUCUCAAGCAAUGACACCAUCACCUAAAAUGAUAAUGAUGGGAACCAUACCGAAAAUGGCAACAGGAUCAGCCGAUAUGGAUAAUAGCAAUAAUCAUCAUGAAAUUGAUCUUGACGGUGACGAUGAUGAUGAUGAUGAUAUGGAUGGUGAUGAUCGUACAACUGAAACAAUUUCGGUACCAAUUUUGUUGGGACAAAAAUCACGAUCAUCAAAUUCUAUUCAAGAUGAUAGCGAUUCGGAUCAAACAAUUCGUACGACAAUUAUGUAUGGUCGACCAUCGCCACCAUCAGCAUUAUCGAUGUCAACAUCAUUACCACCACCACCAUUAAUGAUGAUGGGUCCACGUUAUUACCCAUCAUCAUCAUCACAACAACAACAACAACAAUCAUCAACAGCAUCUAUGCCAAAUCCAUUAGCAGCUAUUAUUCAGGCAAUCGCUGCACAAACACGUUCCAAUCAACCUAGCUAUCGUCGUCAAAUUGUCGAACCUCAACCGAUGAUGCCGGCUGCUACCGCCGAACAACCACAACGUUUAAUUCUAUUGAUAACACAUCGAUCGAUGCCUAAUGAAGCAUCACGUGAAGAAUCACCAUCACCAUCGAUCAUGUUUCCUCAAUCGCCAUCAUCAUCAUCGGCAAAUCAACCACCACAACAAAAUUUUGCUUAUUAUCAACCAUUAUCGCCACCAUCUUCACCAAUAUUGUAUCAAUAUAGUCCAUCUCAGCCACCACUACCGCCACCAUCGCCAAUGCAACAAACACGGCCACAUGUUGUUGAAGUUCCCGUGCCGGUCUAUGUUCCGGUACGUGUACGAGCAUUAACGAUUCGAUCGCCUUCAAUGAUGGCUCCAAUUAAACCAGCAAUCAUUCAUCGAUCACCAUCAAGUCAAUCACCAAUGGCAAUCGUAUAUUAUAAUGGUAAUAAUAAUGAACAAAUGAAAAUGACCGGUAAUAAUGGUGAACAAUCAUCAAAUGGUCGUGGUAUGGCUAUGAUAAUGACUAAUGCUGUCAAUGAAAAUGCCUAUUCUCAACAACAACAACAACCAUUAUUUCAUGUAUCAUCAUCUGAACCAUCGAUAGAUGUUGUUGACCAACAACAACCGUCAUCACCGGGUACAGUUGCUGUGAAUCAUGCUGUUGUUCGAAUCUUGCUUCGACCAAAAGGACCAGCAUCGUUAUUAUCAUCUUCAGUACCGGCACCAUCACAGCAGCAACAACAGCAACCAUUAUUAAUAACUAAUAAUCAACGUCGUUUUGAACAACCACAGGAUUAUCAAUCCGAAGAAGAUCAAAGCCAUCCAAUCAUUAGCCAUAUAUCAAUGCCCAUGGUACAAUAUGCUGAUAGCCGCUUACAACAAUGGCGUGAUUAUCAACAACAAUAUCAACAGCAGCAGCAACAACAACAACAACCACAGCCACAUCCACAAUCAUCGAUGACUCAUAUCAUAUUAGCUGCUGCUACACGACCUUCAUCGUUGAUGGUUGAUGGACAAUCAAAUAGUGAUGAUAAUGAUAUUGGAAUGAUGGAACCAUCAUCCGAACCAAUUCCGCAUCAUCAACAACAACAACAACAUUUUUUCACAUCUGGACCUUCACCAGCAUCAUCAUCAUCAUCGGGUCCAUCUCCAUAUUUUUAUUCCGAACAAAUUGAAUCACAACAGCCAACACAUAUGGAAUCCACUCUUCAACAUCAUCAUCAUUUACAUGCAACAAAUGUUAUGCCACAAAUGAUGACUACUACUACUUCCAGUGGUGGUAAUACUGGUGGCCAUGGACAUGCUGCAUUUCUUAUAUUGGCUGAUCCAAAUGAAACAAUGAUACAUUCACAAGAUGUUUAAUGAAUUUUAUUUCAAUCGAAAAUACUAAUAGAACAUCCAUAGAACAACAACAGAACAAAACGAAAAACAUUCGGAAAUUAA